UUCUAGCCCUUAACUACACUUCAGAAUCACUUGGGUAGAAGUUCAAAUUCCUCAGGCCACAGCACCAGCCAAGCCCAUCAGAGCCCACCAAGGGGCUUGAACAGUAGAAGUUUUCAAAGUUGUUGUUGGUUCUGGUUUUGGUUCAGGUAUGAAACGGCCACUGAGCCCACCCCCGUCAGGUGAGAAGGAGCCCCCCACAACUGCUGCAUCUGAGUGCCCCCCUCACUCUCCAGAAUCCUCGAAGCCUAAGCGGGAAAGGAAACGACCCUCCUACACACUGUGCGAUGUCUGCAACAUCCAGCUGAACUCUGCCGCUCAGGCCCAGGUGCAUUGUGGGGGACGCGCCCACCAGCGAAGGCUUCGGCAGCUCAGCCUGGGCAAGACCUCCACAGGGCCAGGCCCGGCCUCCAGCGCUCCCAGCCCCUUGCUGGCCUCCCUGACCCUGCCCACCCGGCCUCUGCAACCCCCGCUGGACUUGAAGCACUUACUCGCCUUCCACCUCAAUGGCACCACCCCGCUCAGUCUCUUCCCCAACUUCAGCACGAUGGACCCAGUCCAGAAAGCUGUCAUCAGCCACACGUUUGGGGUCCCCUCCCCUCUGAAGAAGAAGCUGUUCAUCUCCUGUAACAUCUGUCAUCUGAGGUUCAACUCAGCGAACCAGGCCGAAGCUCAUUACAAGGGCCAUAGACACGCCAGAAAACUCAAGGCUGUGGAAGCUGCCAAGAACAAGCAGAGGCCUCGAAACCUGACCGCAAAUGGGACAGUGGCGUCUACAGCCUCACCUCCAGCCAGCGGAAGCCCCGGAAACCCUCAGAGCAAAGAUCCAGCAUCCCCUCCUCUCGGCCCUUCACUUCAGCGACCACCGACCCCAGACCCAUCAACCAGAGACCCAGCCCACUCAGAACUUUCUGAUGCUGCUGCUUCCUCAUCUUCGUCUUCCUGCCCGCCCUGCUCCCCGGAUCCUAGCAGGGAAGCACCAGGGCCUGAGCCAGCAGAAGUGGCUGCAGGAAAUGGAGUGAAUGGGGAAGGCAGGGGCGAGAAGGGCCGCCUCUACUGCCCUACCUGUAAAGUGACCGUGAACUCGGCCUCUCAGCUUCAGGCUCACAACACAGGAGCUAAGCACAGAUGGAUGGUGGAAGGUCAUCAGGGCGCUCCCCGAAGGGGCCGGGGCCGUCCUGUGUCCCGAGGAGGAACUGGACACAAGACAAAGAGAGUGAUAGGAAAUCGUGGGGGUCGGCAGGGACCCAACCCUCCUUUCCAUUGUGCCCUCUGUCAGCUCCACGUCAAUUCAGAGACCCAGCUCAAGCAGCACAUGAGCAGCCGGAGGCACAAAGACCGGCUGGCUGGGAAGCCCCCCAAGUCCUCCAGCCAGCACAGCAAACUGCAGAAACACACAGCACUGGCUGUGAGUGUUCUCAAGUCUAAAUUGGCCUUGCAGAAGCAACUCACCAAGACGCUGGCAGCCCGCUUCCUGCCUGGUCCGCUGCCCACCACAGCUGCUGCCAUCUGUGCCCUGCCAGGGCCCCUGACCCUCCGGCCUGCCGCUACGGCAGCUGCUACCCUCUUCCCAGCUCCUGUCCUGGGUCCAGCUCUGUUUCGCACUCCUGCAGGAGCUGUCCGCCCUGCUGCAGGACCCAUCCUUUUUGCUCCCUAUUAG